AAAUUUGACAAUGUCAAACUAAGUUACCUGUCACCUGAUUGUCACUGAUUCUCUAGAAUAGGUCAUAAAUUUUAACCGAGGAUAAAAUUAAAAACAAAUCAGCGCUGGUAACAAUUAUUACACUAUUAUACAGCAAAAAAUAGAAGUAACGAAACAACUAUAAGCAUGUCUCGGUUAUUAGCGGCAGUAAUGCAACCUAUAAGGUUGAGUCUACAAACUGUUGCUCCAGUGUCAAACACCACAUUGGUAAAACCAGACUCAUGUUUGUUAACUGCUAUAAGAACCAAAGUACGUUGCUAUUUCCCUAGGCCUAAUGAAGUAAGGAGAGUGCGACGCCAUGGAUGGGAACAUAGAAUAUCGACUCCCAAUGGUCGUAGGAUCAUUAUGCGAAGAAUAUUGAAAGGUCGAUUUGUAUUAACUCACUAGUAACUAAUUAACAAUAAUCUAAAAAGUAAAGUAUGUAACAUAGCCAAAUAAAAAGAAAUUAAUGAUUUAA